UCGGGGCAGCGCGGCGGUGCCCGCGCGCGGGGCCAUGGCGGCCGCCGACAGCUGCGUGAAGGUGGCGGUGAGGAUCCGUCCCCAACUGUCCAAAGAGAAAAUAGAGGGAUGUCACAUCUGCACCUCGGUGACGCCCGGCGAGCCCCAGGUGCUGCUGGGGAAGGACAAAGCCUUCACCUACGACUUUGUCUUUGACCUGGACACGUGGCAGGAGCAGAUCUACACAACAUGUGUGGGGAAGCUCAUCGAAGGCUGCUUCGAGGGCUACAAUGCCACAGUGCUGGCCUAUGGACAGACUGGCGCGGGGAAGACGUACACCAUGGGCACCGGCUUCGACAUGAGCAUCUCUGAGGACGAGCAGGGCAUCAUCCCACGGGCCAUCGGGCACCUCUUCAGCGGCAUCGAGGAGCGCAAGCGGGCGGCACAGAGCCGCGGCGUGGCAGCCCCCGAGUUCAAAGUCAGCGCCCAGUUCCUGGAGCUCUACAACGAGGAGAUCCUGGAUCUGUUUGACAGCGCCCGCGACCCCGACGCCCGGCACCGCAAAUCCAACAUCAAGAUCCACGAGGAUGCCAGCGGGAGCAUCUACACCACAGGGGUCACCUCACGCCUCAUCAGCUCUCAGGACGAGCUGAUCCAGUGCCUAAAACAGGGGGCUCUCUCCCGCACCACCGCCAGCACCCAGAUGAACGUGCAGAGCUCCCGCUCUCACGCCAUCUUCACCAUCCACCUGUGCCAGAUGAGAGUGUGUGCCCGCCCGGAGCUGGUGAGCGGGGAGGUGUCCGGCCUCCUGGAUGGAGCUCAGCCCACCACCGAGUACGAGACCCUCACGGCCAAGUUUCACUUCGUAGACCUGGCGGGCUCGGAGAGGCUGAAGCGGACGGGAGCGACGGGCGAGAGAGCCAAGGAGGGCAUCUCCAUCAACUGCGGGCUGCUGGCCUUAGGGAAUGUCAUCAGUGCCCUUGGAGACCAGAGCAAGAAAGUCGUGCACGUGCCCUACCGUGACUCCAAACUCACCCGGCUGCUGCAGGAUUCCCUCGGGGGCAACAGCCAAACUGUCAUGAUUGCCUGCGUGAGCCCAUCUGACCGGGACUUCAUGGAGACCCUGAACACGCUCAAGUACGCCAACCGGGCGCGCAACAUCAAGAACAAGGUGGUGGUGAACCAGGACAAGACGAGCCAGCAGAUCAGCGCCCUGAGGGCCGAGAUCGCCCGCCUGCAGAUGGAGCUGAUGGAGUACAAGGCGGGCAAGCGGGUGAUCGGGGAGGACGGCUCAGAGGGCUACAGCGACCUGUUCCGGGAGAACGCGCUGCUGCAGAAGGAGAACAGCGCGCUGCGCAUGCGGGUCAAGGCCAUGCAGGAGGCCAUCGACGCCAUCAACAGCCGUGUCACGCACCUCAUGAGCCAGGAGGCCAACCUCAUGCUGGCCAGGGCAGGGGAUGGGAACGAAGCCAUUGGUGCCCUCAUCCAGAACUACAUCCGGGAGAUUGAAGAGCUGAGGACGAAGCUGCUGGAGAGCGAGUCCAUGAACGAGUCGCUGCGCCGCAGCCUCUCGCGCGUGUCUGGCCGCUCCCCGGCUGCCGCCAUGGGCAGCCCCGCGGCCCCGCUGGACACAGAGGCCUCGGACGUGCUGCGGCGCGCCAAGCAGGACCUGGAGCGCCUCAAAAAGAAGGAGAGGAGGCAGCGGAGGAAGAGCCCAGAGAAGGAGGCGUUUAAGAAGCGACAGAAACUGCAGCAGGACAAUGAGGAGGAGACAGAUGAGAAUGAUGUGGAAGAGGAGGAGGAGGACCAGGAUGAGAGUGGCUGUGAGGAAGAGGAUGGACAUGAGGAUGAAGAUGAGGACUCGGGCAGUGAAGAGAGUCUGGUGGACUCUGACUCGGAUGCAGAGGAGAAGGCUGUGAAUUUCCAGGCUGACCUGGCAGAUCUGACCUGUGAGAUUGAGAUCAAGCAGAAGCUGAUUGAUGAGCUGGAGAACAGCCAGCGGCGCCUGCAGACCCUCAAGCACCAGUACGAGGAGAAGCUGAUCCUGCUGCAGAACAAGAUCCGGGACACACAGCUGGAACGGGACCGGGUCCUGCAGAACCUCAGCACCAUGGAGUGCUACACAGAGGAGAAAGCCAACAAGAUCAAAGCAGACUACGAGAAGCGUCUGAAGGAGAUGAACCGGGACCUGCAGAAGCUGCAGGCGGCGCAGAAGGAACACGCUCGUCUGCUCAAGAACCAGUCCCGCUACGAGCGCGAGCUGCGCAAGCUGCAGGCGGAGGUGGCCGAGAUGAAGAAGGCAAAGGUCGCGCUGAUGAAGCAGAUGCGGGAGGAGCAGCAGCGGAGGCGGCUGGCAGAGACCAAGAGGAACAGGGAGAUCGCCCAGCUCAAGAAGGAGCAGCGUCGGCAGGAGUUUCAGAUCCGGGCUCUGGAGUCUCAGAAGCGACAGCAGGAAAUAGUGCUGAGGAGGAAAACCCAGGAGGUCUCAGCGCUGCGCCGCCUGGCCAAGCCGCUGUCGGAGCGGGCAGCGGGCAGGGUGAGCCAGAAGCCCCCGAUGCUGGACUCUGGUGCUGAGGUCUCAGCCAGCACCACGUCCUCAGAGCCCGAGUCGGGCGCUCGCUCCGUCUCCAGCAUCGUGCGCCAGUGGAACAGGAAAAUCAACAACUUCCUGGGAGACCCCUCGUCCCCUGUGAACGCGGCUCGGCCCACCAGGAAGAAGUUCCCCAAGAAGGGGACGAGCCAGACGUUCAGCAAAGCCGCUCGCCUCAAGUGGCAGUCGCUGGAGAGACGCAUCUUCGACAUCGUCAUGCAGAGGAUGACCCUGGUCAACCUGGAGGCCGACAUGGAGCGGCUCAUCAAGAAACGCGAGGAGCUGGCGCUGCUGCAGGAGGCGUUGCUGGGCAAGAGGGCGAAGCUGCAGGCUGAGAGCCCCAAGGAGCAGAAAGGGCUGCAGGAGCUGAAUGAGGAGAUCGAGGUGCUGGGGGCCAACAUCGACUACAUCAACGACAGCAUUUCUGACUGCCAGGCCACCAUCAUGCAGAUCGAGGAGACCAAGGAGGAGCUGGACUCCACGGACACCUCGGUGGUGAUCAGCUCCUGCUCCCUGGCCGAGGCCCGGCUCCUGCUGGACAACUUCCUGAAGGCCUCCAUCGACAAGGGGCUGCAGGUGGCACAGAAGGAGGCGCAGAUCCGGCUGCUGGAGGGCCGGCUGCGGCAGUGGGACGCGGGCGGCUCGGCUCACAACCACGCCAUCCUGGACGCCCUGCGCGAGAAGGCCGAGUCGCACCCCGAGCUGCAGGCCCUGAUCCACAACGUGCAGCAAGAGAACGGCUACACCAGCACGGAUGAGGAGGUGUCUGAGUUCAGCCUGGCAUCAGAUGGGAGCAUCUCCCAGUCGUUCACCAUGAAGGGCUCAGCAAGCCAGGACGAUUUCAAGUUCAAGGGAGAGCCCAAGCUCUCAGGGCAGAUGAAGGCAGUGUCAGCUGAGUGUCUUGGACCCACACUGGACGUCUCCACCAAGAACAUCACCAAGUCCUUGGCAUCCCUCAUGGAGAUCAAAGAGGAUGGGAUCAGCUUCUCCAUCAGAGACCCCUAUUACAAGGAGAAGGUGUCACGUACAGUCAGCCUGCCCACACGAGGAAGCACCUUUCCCAGGCAAUCUCGUGGCUCAGACACUUCGCCUCUGACAAGGAGGAAAUCCUACGACCGUGGGCAGCCUGCCAGGCCUCCUGACGUUGGCUUCACACCUCCCUCCUCCCCUCCCACCCGGCCACGCAACGACCGCAACGUCUUCUCGCGUCUCACGAGCAACCAGAGCCAGGGCUCUGCCUUGGACAAGUCUGAUGACAGCGAUUCCUCUGUCUCGGAGGUGCUGAGGGGUGUCAUUAACCCGGUGUGUGGCCCCAAGAACGCCCGGACAGCGCCGCUGCAGUGUGUCUCCAUGGCAGAGGGACACACCAAGCCUGUGCUCUGCCUGGAUGCCACCGACGAGCUGCUUUUCACUGGGUCUAAAGACCGGAGCUGCAAAAUGUGGAACCUUGUGACUGGCCAAGAAAUUGCUUCCCUCAAGGGUCACCCAAACAACGUGGUUUCCAUCAAGUACUGCAGCCACACGGGGCUGGUGUUCACCGUGUCCACGUCGUACAUCAAAGUGUGGGACAUCCGGGACUCUGCCCGCUGCAUCCGCACCCUCACGUCUUCUGGACAAGUGAUCUCUGGGGAUGCCUGUGCAGGGACCAGCACUCGCACUGUCACCAGCGUGCAGGGGGAGCACCAGAUCAACCAGAUUGCUCUCAACCCCACGGGCACCACGCUCUACGCUGCCACCGGCAACUCCGUCCGCAUCUGGGAGCUGAGCAGGUUGCAGCCCAUUGGGAAGCUGAGUGGCCACAUUGGGCCUGUGAUGUGUCUGACAGUGAACCAGACGGCGAGCAACCACGACCUGGUGGUCACAGGCUCCAAGGAUCACUAUGUCAAGGUGUUUGAGAUUGCUGAGGGCAUGGUGGGCAAUAUUGGCCCCACUCACAACUUUGAACCUCCUCACUACGAUGGCAUCGAGUGCCUGGCCAUCCAGGGCGACGUCCUCUUCAGCGGCUCCAGGGACAACGGCAUCAAGAAGUGGGAUCUGGAGCAGCAGGAACUUAUCCAGCAAAUCCCCAAUGCCCACAAAGACUGGGUCUGUGCCCUGGCCUUCAUCCCUGGGCGCCCCAUGGUGCUGAGUGCCUGUCGAGGAGGAGUCAUCAAAGUCUGGAACGUGGACAACUUCACCCCAGUCGGGGAGAUCAAAGGGCACGACAGUCCCAUCAACGCCAUCUGCACCAACUCGAAGCACAUCUUCACUGCCUCCAGUGACUUGACAGUGAAGCUGUGGAGUGGGAGGAGGUUGCCUGCAGGGUCCAACUAGGAAGUGCCACCAGCCUGGAGGAUGUGACAGGAGAGUUGAAGGUCAGGGCAUCUCUCCCUCGCUAGUAAGAGCCCAUCACCUUCAGGAGCUCAGCCAGGGACAGGGAUUUCCUUGUGGAUCAUGUCCCAUCUGGUACUUUGAGCACUGCCAGCUCCUGUGGGGCACCUUCAGCUCCACCUUCCCUCCUGCUGAGGUUUCUUGAUGGUUUUCCAGUGACCAGAAAAUGUUUCAUCUCUCUUCUCACCCUCUGUGCUGUAACACCUGCUGGGACUUCUGGGGCUCAGAGCUCCUUUGCUUCUCCUUGGAGACCCCCAAUUCCUUCCUGGCACCGUGGGCUCCUGUGGCCUUCCCCAUGACGUGCUGCUUCUGUCCCCAUUGGCUCCAGGGCUGGUUCCUGCAGGAGUCCUUCACCACUCCCCAGCCACAAGAACUUUUGGUAUCUGCUGGCCAGGACCCACAGCAAAGAGGAGCUGCUGCUUUGGAAAUGUUACUUGUGGAACAGCCUCCCUGCUCUGGGGGUCUGCAGAAGGCUUUCCAGGUGGUCUCAUGGUUCCCCAUCCUCUCUGCCUGUCCCCAGCAGUUGGAGGUGUGCACCUCUGAGCUCCUGUGCCAUGGCCCAGCUCUGGAGGCAUGGCAAGCCCAGGGAGAUCUCCAUCAGGCAACUUCCAGACAAAGCCUCUGUAGUUCCCUUCAACGUUCUCCAAACACUCAGCUGACCUGUGGCUCUCAAGCUCUUGCCCAUGUGCCCACCCUGCUCUGUGGGGAAGGGGGGAACUGCUGAGCCCUGCUUUGACACCCUGGCCCUCAGCAGGGGUUUUAUGGAUUGCUGCAGCACAUCAGCCCCUGGAGAUGGAGAAACAAAGCAAGAACAGAGGUUGCAGGGCAAGGAGGCCACAGUUGGAUUUGUUACUCCCACUCCAGUGACCCAUCUUGUUGUGCCAUCCCUGGGAGCUGGAAGCUGCGAUUCCUUGCUCCUGCUGCUGCUCUCAGCCCUGCCUGGGCCAGGGCCAGCUCACCUUUGGCCCCUGGCCUGUGUGGCUCUGGGGGCUGGUGAGGGCCUGGCAAGGUGUGGGGUGGCUGGGAGCAAGGAGGUGAGGAGGGAUGGCACAUCCUGCAGCACAUGGUGUCCUACACAGGGCUGAGGGCUCCAUCCCUGGGGUGUUUCCCUGAGAAUGCAGCUCCUCCAGGCUCCCUUCUCCCUCUCUCCUGUUUGAGGGGCUGACAAGCCCCUCAUCUCUCAUCUCUCCCAUGGCCUGUUGGAUUAUCCCCUGCUCCAUCCUGCCCUGGGCCAGGUUUCCCAGGGGAUGGCCAAGGAGGCCUCGGGAUGGCUGCUCUUGCCUCCCAUGCUCUCAUUUCCCUGCUGUCACAGAAGAAGCAGUGUUUGAACUCAAAUGUAAGGAUUUCUCCACGUGAUCCCAGCAGCACUGAACUGGGAUCUCAAAGGCCAGGGGCUCCAGGACCUGCCCCAUAAAGCACAGACCCUUUUCCCUCUGCUUUUCCCAACCAUGGAGACUCGUGGAGCAGCCUCAGAUCAUUUGCCACAAGCCCUUGUCAAAACCACUCUGGAUGGAGUGUUGGAAUUCCUGGAAGACAGGAGCAUCUCUGUUGAUGUGAGGGGAGAAUUUCCCUUUGUGGAAGAAGGAAAAACCUCCUUCCUCCUGCCUUGCCUUGGUGGUGGGUGUGCUGAUGUGUAUGGCUGUGACCCAGUGGCCCCCACACAGCCCAGGAGCCCUCCUGCCAUGGCUACUGGAGAAGUGGUGGCCAUGCUGUGCACCUCAGGCUGUGCACCCUGUGGCACUGGAGGGGACAAACAGAAAUGCACAGGGCACCAAGGCCCUAGAGCAAUGCACGUUUGAGGGGGCUAGAGGAGGUGUUACCCUCCAAACCUCGCUUGGAGAGGGUUUCCCUGCUCAUUGCUCAGCUGGUUUAACCUUUGCUUGGCCAGAGGCUGUGUUUGGGGGGUGGUUUGACUGUCUGGAGCCAGGUCUGCCAUGCACAUCAGUGUCUGCACCAAGACCUGCCAGUGCCUGACCUGAAACCUCUCGUGUCAGUGAAGGGACCCGCUCCUGGGGUCAGACCUGCCUGGCCUUUUGCCACCACUUCUCUCCUGUGUGCAGGCUGCAAGUGCCUGUGUCAUUUCCCAGGGCUGAAUGGCCAGUCCUGGAUGGUGCUGAGCACCCACCUGCCUCCUCCAUCCAGCAGCACCUUGAGGGGCUUUAGGCUUUUGCAGCCCCUGGGCAGAGGGAAGCGGGUGCUGCAGGAGCAGCAGGCAGCUGGAGAGGGGGUCUGGGAAGCGAGGGGUGACUGUGGGCUGUAGCUCUGUGUGUGUUUGUGUCUGUGUGUGUGUGUGCAUCAGUGUCUGCCUGGGUUGGUAUUUCCCAUGCAGGAGUGUUCCUCGGGUGUUGCUCUGGUUUAGCUACCUCACGGUGCAAGCUGGGUGCUGUUGUCGCUGGGUUUCACUUUGGGGAUGGGGUGGGGAGUUUUUAGGGGCUUUCCCCCCCCCCCUUCUCUUAAUUAUUGUUAUAGUUACAGUUUUGACACUUGAAUUUGUCCUGGGGGUGUGUGGCCUCGUCCCCACCUCGCUGCAUGUCUGAGCCACCCUUUGUCUCCCCUUCCCUGCCUCCUCCUGGGCAGGACCAGCAUCUGCUGUCCCCGUGGCACUGGGAUGCCCCAGCUGAGGCACAGCACUGACAUUUUGCUCCCAUUGCUGGUGGGAUGCUCCAACUGAGGCUUCGUGGUGUUGCCAUGAGUUACUGGGUUGAUUUGCAGCCUGGAAGUGGUCCCUCUUGUCCCUUUGGAAGGAUAGAAAGGGACCUCUGAAAGGCUGAGCUCAGCCUGAAUUCCUGCCUGUGCUCUCACAGAUACUCUGUAGAUCCAAUGAAGCCCUUGUCUGGGAAAUGUCCCUGCAGAGUCCAUGGCUGGAAUGGGCUGCUCCUGGUCCCCACUCCCCUGAGCCUGCUGUAGUUCCCUGGCAGCUUGGAGCACAGGGAGCCUCUGCCCAGGAAUGGGGAUGGUCUGUGAGAGAAGCUGCUGCUUGUGUGUGAUGCUUGAUUCUUCUUCACCCCCAAAACAGAAAUGAAUCUGGAUCCCAUCCCAGGCACUGCCCAUAAACCAGGGUAACCCUGGACCCCCCAGAUUACCCCCUGCUCGGGGCUGGGGAGCUGACACAGGCUGUACAGCCCUCUCCCCAGGGCUCCCAGCCCUGAGGCACACUGUCAAUGCUGGGGGGCAGGUCCCCCCACCCACUAAAGCACAAGGUCCCAGCGUGAGGUGAUCCAGCAAGAGUGUGGCCCCAUGGCCUCUGGUCUUUCAGAGCUCAGGCUGGGGCUGUGGGCUUGGACAGCCAAGGUGGAGGUGGGGCAGGGAUGAUGCUGAGGCCGUUUCAUCCUCUUACACUGUUCCAGAGUGCUGCCCUGGGGCUGGGGACUGGCACUGCUGCAUCACUGACAUCCCCUCCUGUGUUCUCUGAGCCCCUCUGCCACCCCCUCCAUAGCAGGGACAGUGUGGAGCUGCCUUCUCACCAUGCACCUCAUUCUGCUUCACCCUUGGGUGCCUUGGUUUGUGCCAAGGGUGUGCUGAUCCCUGCAGUCCAGGGAGGCCCUUCCCUUCCACCAAGUGCUGGGUGAUGCUUUUGUCCCUGGGUCUCCCUCUUGCUCCUUGGGUUUCCCCUCCAGCCCAUCAGGGCCAGCCCCAGCCCGUGCUGAGGGUGUAGUGCUGGCCCAGAGCUGAGCUUCACACACAGGGAUGGAUAUCACUCAGGAGCUCAAAGCACCGGGCCCCCAAACCACUGUGAACCCAUCUGAGGACCCUGGGCACUGUCCCCUCCCUCUUAUGGCACAAAAGGACAGGUUGGAGCAGUGGCUCCCCAGCUUUGAGGAGCUGAGGUAGCAGGGUCCUGUCCUUCCUGGGGAUGCUGUUCCUCCCCAGAGCUGCUUUGAGGUCUCAGAUGUUGCCUGUGUGCUGCAGAACCAAUGCCUGCUCCUGUCCCACGCUGGAUGGGACCCACAUUCAGUCCCUGCAGAGCACAAGGCUCCCACUUGCCUUUCAGCAAACUGCCUGGAGCUUUGCUCCAUCCCCCUCUUAGCCCCCAUCACCCUCCUGGGGAGGGGCAGGAGUGAUGUACCAGGGAGGGAGCCCAGCCCAGCCCCAGGCCCCAUCCUGCCCUCCCAGAGAAGCACAGCCCUGCACCUUCCUCCUGCCCCUGGGGCCGUGUCCCAUCCUCCACAACAGCUCUGAUGGUAUCUGCUGCUGCUGCUCUGUGCCUGUGACCCCCCUGUUGCCCCCGCAGCGGGACGGGGCGGCUGCAGCCUCUUGGCACCUGCUCCAUCGCCCUUCCUGCUGCACAACUCACAGUGCAGGUGCCUUUUCUUCUUCUGAGCUGUUUUUUUAGAGGCCAGUUCUUGUGAGGCUCUGCAUUUCUCUGCUGGGCUGCCCAGCCCAGUGCUCUGGGUCUGUCAGAGGACAAGGUGUGUACAUAUAUUUUAUACCUCUGUGUGUUCCUGUAAAUAACGUAACUUAUUGGGGUCUCAUGCUGUACAUGUUGGGGUUUGGGGGGGUUUUUUCCAAUGGCUGGUGUU